GGAGCGAGAUGGUGGUUGGUGGUGGCAGCGGCUAGCCGAGGCCGGAGGGCGCUGGAGGUGGCAGUAGUGUGGCGGCAGCACCUGCAGCCAGUCAGUUGGUGUGUGUGGUGACGGCUGCAAGGAGGUGCGUGGCGACCCUCCGCACAGAACACAGUGCUCGGGGAAAAAGAAAAACUGGAAAGAAUUCAUGCCAUUCACUUGCAAUUCACGGUUGCGUAAUAUAAUUUCUGGGACGAGAGCGAGGAGCCACAAAUGUGAACCGCAGUGGGAGGAGAAGGAGGAAGAGCCCCUGCGUGCCCCGGCGAAGUCACUCCCAGAGGCCGCGCCAGGGCAGCGUGAGCCGAAGCCCCUGCCAUGCGCGCCCUCUUCCCCAGCCAUGCACCAAAGGAAGGAAAGGCUGUCACGGUCCCUGCCACGCCUAGACGCCAGAACGUGGAGGAAAUAACAGUAGAAACGUGGAAAUAACAAAGUACAUUAGAAAGAUAAAAAGAAAUUAUUUAAGACAGUCGAAAGGUGAAAAGAAAUAUAUACAUUGGAAAAGAAGAAAUGUGGAUAUGAUACAGCGGAAAGGAAAAAUAGAAAAUAACAUUGGAAAGGAAGAAAGGAAGGAGGAAAUAACUUAGUACGGUUGAUUGUGAGGAAAGUGAGAGUUUAUGAAUGGUAGAGAAGGUGAAAGGAAAUCGUGUGUGUUCAAAAAUGCUGGAAAACAAUGGAAUAACUGAAUAGAGAUAAAUGAAAAAAAAAGAAACGAAAUAUAUAAAAGCUUUAGGAAAAUAACAUGUCAACGUUGGUAAAUGUUUGAAAAUGAUGAUAAUAAAGAACACAAGAUAUUAUUAGCAUAGAAAAUAACUAACGAAAUACACCACUUUUAUAAAUACCAUAACACAGGAAAGUAACAAUGUAAAAAGUGGAAGGAAUUUUGCAGUAGAAAAGAAAGAAAGAGAAAGAGAGAGAAAGAGAGGGAGCAAGAGAAACAAAACCCCCAAAAACGUACAUAAAAAAUAAAAUAAAAGAAUGUGAAGGAAAUAAUAAAUAAAUGCACGAAGGAAUUGCAGAGUGAGUAGAGAAAUACGUACAUUGUCAUUUUCACUCAAGCGAAGAAACGAACGAAGGAAAAAAAAAAAGAGGAGGAAAUACAGGAAAUAAUACAGAAAGAUCCAUUACUUCCCACUAUGACGAAGGAAAAGUGAAGGCUACGCUGAAUUGUGCAUGUGCGUGUGCGUGUGUGUGUGUGUAUAUGUGUGUGUACGUAUGUGCGUUGCUGACUUGAGAAUGUUAAAGCGAUGAAUCUAAGGGAAUAUUAACUGUGUGUGUCUCUCCCUCUUUAUCAUCGUUACGUCUCUUCGUCUCCCGCACUUCGCCUCUUCCCCCUGCGGGUUUCAGGACACUUUUCUUAUAUUCUGAAGAGUGGCGGUGAGCUGAGAGCCUCGCCACCACCACCACCACCACCACCAUAGCCCCGACAGCCCCCAAGCCCACCGCAGCCAUGACGUGCCACCUCGCCCCUAAUGGCGGGGACCUUCUCGGCCUGCUUAAGAAGUUCAGAGUGACGAAAGAAAACGAGAAGGAGAGCGAGAUCUUCACUCUUGCUAACCUGGACAACGGCUGCAUCAGGAAGUUUAUCGUGAAGAAGGUGGAUGAGUCGGCCUUCCUAGCCUCCAUCAACAGACGCAACAAGGAAGACAGCAAGUCCCUGACCGACGAGAACGAGAACACGGCCGUGGUGGGGCACGAGGAGGGCGGUGACGGGUGCCCGCUGGUGCCGCCCUCCCCCACGUUGCCGCGCCGCAAUGUCCCGGCGGCGCCGAUAGCCAACGGGCACGCCAAGCCAAUCGAGCGAAAAUCGUCUUCCAACUUCAAGCUGGGAUGUGACGACGACUCGGACGACUGUAGCAGCAUGACCGUCGAAGACAAGGAUGACCCCGGCGUAAUCAACCCCGCCUUCACCUACGAGGAGGAAGAAGACGACGACCUCGGGCGGGGCGACGGCUCCACCACCUCCGCCAGGUCGUCCCCGGAAACUUCUCCCUCACCGUCACCUAAACUACAUUUCAGCAGCAUGAGUCCACGGCCGAGCCCGCGGCAAUCGCCGGUGAGUCACCGGUCGGGUAACCUCAGUCACCGCAGCUCCGUGUCCUCCGUCAGGAAGGGCAUUCUUAAGAAAAGCGGCUCCUCGUCCACCAUCAACAUGGAGAUGGUUAAUCUGGGCCUUCAGAACGCCGCCAUCGCCGCCGGCAACGCCGCGAACCUCAACGGGUACCAGCGGGCACGCUUCACCGACCCCUAUGACGACAACUUCGUGCCCAUGGACACUCACCGUUUUGUCGGGAGUGUGUCCCUCCCAUCGUCCCCUCACCUUGCUCACCUCGCACCGAACCCUCCCCUGCACAGCUCUUCCGAAGAGAACAACUACGCCAUGCAGCAAAAGUCGUUGGGUGGCCACCGUGUCAAGUUUAUCCUGGAGACCGGUAAGCCAGACCACGUGCACGGCUCUUACGACGACAUCCGAAUAGAAAAGAUGGAGAGGGAAAGGAUCGAGAGGAUUGAGAGCGGGAAGGACCUGGAAGUGACCAACAUGACGGAUCGGGGAGGCAAGAAGUGUCUGCUGUUCUGCGCUGCUAUGCUGGUGCUGACCGGUGCUGUGAUUGUGGCGGGGCUGUACGGAUCUGGGAAACUCAAAAUAAUCACGGAGUUAGGAGGGCAAGGCAUUACGAGUGGGCUGUCAGGGGGCGCCGCGACCACCCAGCCCCCCACCAGUUCGCCCACCAUAGCCUACGUGCCUAAUGCGAUAGAAGUCAAAUUCAAGAUAGACAACCAUAACUUUACUACGGAUCUAACUAACGUGGACUCCAAGGCAUACAAGACGAUGGUGAAGGACCUUGAGGCAGAGCUCACGAAGAUUCUGUUCCCUGAGCCUGUCCUGCACAAUGGAAAAGCAAACCUCAACCUCAGGAUCAUCAAGUUUGAGCCCGGUAGCAUCAAGUGUACCUUCAGGAUAGGCUGGAGCUUCUUCGAUGAGCAGAAUGAACAGGAGGCACCACUCAACCUCACCAUCAUCCGGGAGAUCUUUGAGAACAGAAUAAACAACAGCUUCGUGUUCCUCCACCAGCAGGAGUACCGUGUGCCGCCAGACUCCAUAGAUGUUGAUCGUUUGGUCGACAAGUGCUACAACAACCAGUCUCUCUGCUCCCAUGGCUGCAAAUUCUCGUAUGAAAAUCUGCGCUUCACCUGCACUUGCCCUGACUACCUGUACUCUAUCAACACCACCACUUGCAUCCAUCCCAAUAAAACCACCACCACAUCCACCACCACAUCCACCACAACCGAGGUUGCCAUCAAAGGAGAUUUCAACCAACUCAUCAAAAAUGUUGGCGGUGCCUUUAUUGCCAUCAAACUUGAGGAUAUUGAAGCAAAUACAGACACAGAGAUUGAAGCACCACCAACAGGGAAGGAAACUGAGGAAGAGAGUGAAACAUCAGAAGACUCUAAAACAGAUGAGCAGCCAAAGCCAGGGGAGGUAAUAGUGGAUGGAACAGCCACUAAUGCAACUGUGAAUGCCACCACUGAUGGACAACUCCCUCCUGUGAAUGUUACAGAGGCCACUACCACUACUACCACCAGCACCACAACCACAAGUACUACCACUACUAGUACAACCACCACCUCCCCUGUCACUGUACCACCAGCCUCCAAUGAAACCAUUACUGAGGUCAGUGCUGAUAACACAACUGAAGCUACCAACAUAAGUCUCAUUUCAACUACAACUGUGGUGGCAGAGACCAAUUCUUCAGCAACAAAAACAACAACAACUGAAACUGUCACCAGCAAAGAGGAGCAACAAACCACAACCUCACAGAAACCAACAUCUGAGGAAGUGACCAUCAUUCAUGAAGGACCUGAACCUGUCCUGCCAGAACAUACAACUAUUAAAACUGAAAAUACUUCAGUGGAUGAAAUUCCAGCCACUAGCACUCCAACUCCAAAUGUUACCAUUGUGGCACAAGAUGUUGCACCUGUCACAACUACAACUGAACCCACAGUAAAGGAGGACAGUGAACCAGAAUCAAAGCCUGAAGAAGCAGUGCCUGGUGUUGAAGAAGUAAGCAACACAACACAUCACAGCAAUGUAUCCAUCAGUACACCAGAAGUUGUCAAUGACACAAUAUCUGAAAUACUUCAAGAGACUUUCAUCAAUAGAAGUGCACUGUUCCCAGAGAACUUUGUGUCUCCUGGGACACGCCUAGAGGACAUCAUGUCCUUUGCAAACAUUCCUGGUAAAGCAAUCAUUGUCCUUGAUCUCUCAGCUCUCAGACCAGGAGAUUCACCAGGAAAUGUUGGCUUGCAGGAAGUAGAGGAUGAAUCAUCACACAAUAAUGUUACUGCUGUUAAUGAAACACAGACCAGCACACCUAUAACAGAAGAGUCACCACUCCACAAUGCCACAACACAUGAUGCAGGCACUAAAGAAAGUGUGAGUGAAGCUACAACUCAGCCAGUUGUUGCUACCAGUGUUACUACUGAAAUUCCUUCUACAUCAACAUCAUCAUCAACAACAACAAGUACUACUACUACUACUGAGAGACAUGUUGUCAUUGUAAAUGCAAGUGAAGUUUCAGCACAUGAAGAUGACUUAGGAAGGGAUACUGGAGAGGAGCAAGUUUCUAAGGAAGUGGUCACCAUUCCUGCUGUUCCCUAUGAAGGCAAUCCAAUCUUUGCCAGCAAAACUCCCCCACCUGUCAGAACCACAACUACCACCACUUCCACUACUCCUCCAACCACCACCACCACUACUACCACAACCACAUCUCCAACCACUACUACCACUACCACAACAACAACACAGCCCUCAGUGAUGACAGAAAACAGCACAACCCCAGCCACCACGACCACCACCCUGGAUUACGACACAAAGGGAGAAGAGGCUCCUGUUGAGAACCGUGACACUUCCAUCCUUGACAUUGCCUUCAUUGCUAGCUCAGACCUCAGCACCAUGGCAAGAAACACCUCCCAUGACACCCCAGCUGCCACCACCACUGCUCCCACCACCACCACCACCACCAUCACCACCACCACUGUCAUAGAAGGGAUUACAAACACAUCACAAGAGUUUCCAGGAACAAAUGUGACUGCCAUUGAUACAACCAAAGAUGACCCAGCACUGGUUCAUAUUAAUAAAGAGGUGGCUGCAACCUCUACCAGUGCUCCUCCAAAGGUGUUGUGUCAUGAAGACCAGGUGGAGUGCAUCAAUGGAACCAGCACCUGGGGACGCUGUAUUCCACGGAACUCCAGGUGUAACUCUGUCCCUGACUGUUCUGACAAGUCUGAUGAGCUGGACUGCAAGGAGAAUAAUUGCUUCGGCAACUUCCAGUGCCGGGACGGGGAGUGCAUUGAGCGGCUCUAUGUAUGUGAUGGAGUCACCAAUUGCCAGGAUGGUGAUGAUGAGCUGAAUUGUGAGUCAUGGCAGUGUAAGGAGGAUGAGCUGAAGUGUGGGGGCAACUCUCCUUCCCCGUGCAUCCCCCUGUCCCUGCGGUGUGACGGCCAGCCAGAUUGUAUCGAUCACUCAGAUGAACUCAAUUGCACGGACGUGUGUCGCAGUGAUGAGUUCCACUGCAGCGAGGGCUGGUGCAUCCCCCACGUGCGGACUUGUGAUGGCCGCCCAGACUGUCACAAUGGGGAGGAUGAAAAGAAUUGUGAUUGUUCUGGACUGGACGAAACUCAGUGUGCCGCUGGUGGGUGUGUGCCAACCUUCCACCUGUGUGAUGGCCUACGGCAGUGCCACGACGGAUCAGAUGAGUGGAACUGUGUCAGGAUAGACAACAGCACCCGCCAGCUGGAAGUCAGGAGUGGCAAGAAUCGGUGGAGUGCUGUGUGUGGUGAGGGUUGGACCAGCAAAUGGACUGACCAGGUGUGUCAGCAGCUGGGUGGCUCAGCCUCACUCAGCACAGAGAUGAGACGAGUGUCGGAGUCCGUGCCACGGCCAAGGGUGCAGCUGCUACAGAAGGCAGUGUCAGGCGGCUACACACCCCUGCAGUUUGUUCUCAAGUCUGACUGCUCCAGUGACACUCUGGUGCAUCUUUCUUGUGAAGAGCACUCAUGUGGGUCUUGGAGCCUCGGGGAUGAUAUCCUGGAGGAACACCAGUUGUCAACCAAUACUCGGCCCCCAGCCACAGAGGGACAGUGGCCCUCAUUGGCACUCCUACUGAGGACACAUCCCAACAAAAAUGACACUCAUGCCCAAGGCCAGUUUUGCUCUGCCUCUAUUGUAGCACCCAGCUGGAUCUUAGCAGCAUACAGCUGUCUUUCCUCAAAAGAAAAUGGUCUGGAUUUGGGCACCUGGGCUGUGGCUUCAGGCACUGCCUCCCCCACUGCCUCAACACAGUUCCAUUACGUGGGGAAGAUUGUGCCCUUCCCUGGCAGAGUGCGGACAGGUGGCCUGUGGACAGGUGAUGCGGUGCUGCUGCGCCUGACUGAGCCACUUGACCUUGGGCCAAACUCUCAGCCAGUGUGUGUGCCAAACACUCCUCCAGUCAACACUGCACAGUGUGUGGUGGCAGGCUGGAGACGCACUGAUGAAGGUGUGGGAAGUCAGAGUCAGUUCUUGCAUCACCUGCCAAUGCCCACCCUUGCCCUGGAUGCCUGCAACACCACCCACUACCCAGGCCGCCUCAACCCUACCCACACCUGUGUUGGCUUCUCUGAUGCCCAGCAUGCACCCUGCCAUGGUGAUGAGGGCAGCCCACUCAUGUGCCGCAGUGAGACAGGGGCAUGGCGCCUGGAGGGGCUGCUCACCCACCAUACAUGCUACGGCCGUGCACGCCACCCGGCCAUCUUCACUGCUCUCCAUGCCCUCCAGCCCUGGCUCAACAACACCAUUGGCACUCCCCAUGUCCCCAAUGGAGCAUCCACCUCAACCACCACCACCACCACUACUUCAACUACAACUACUCCCACCACCACAACUACUACUUCAACUACAACCACUCCCCCCACCACUACUGUUGGUUCUACUACUACUACUACUACUACUAGUGAUGCUACCACCUCCACCUCAACAACCACCACUUCUCCUACUACCACUACCACACCACCACCUGGUGAUGGUACUGGGUCUGCUAAUUCAACAGAUCUAGAAGAAGCUCUUCCACCUCUCUCCUCCCCAGGGAUGGCUCCUCUAUAGCGACCGAUGGGCCGUAGCGGUGCAGUGUUGUGAAAGGUGCCAUAAGUGCCGUGAAUGUGCUAUGAUAUGUGCUAAACCAUUAUAGAAUCUACAAAUGAUAAUAUUAUAGUAUCUUGAAACUUUCUGUGAUCUUAGAUUUGUUGUAAUGUAGAAAAUAGACAAGAUAAUAUUUAGCAUUGUUGACUCUUGUUAAGAACAGGAUGUCCCAGGAGCAGGACUGGCUAGUGUCAGCAUCCUGGAAAGUGUGAUGUGGAGUGCAGAGGUACAUGUGCCAAGCAUACCAAUGUGUGCUGCCUGUGUGGUGCCUCGGGAGUCGGUCUUCACAGUACGUGCGUUAUGCUCCAUGGUGCUGAGGAUCACAAGAGAGAGAACAUGUGUUGAAAGCAUAACUUGCUGAAUUGUCAAGCUGCAACACUAUGAAGAGUUCAAUGAGUGUUGAAUUUCAAGAAAAUGUAAACUCAGUUAUCCUUAUAAGGUGACAAGGAACUGUGAUGUUUCUGUACAGUAGAUUGUAUAGUGUGGUGACUUUCAGCAUUACGUUCAUUUAUCAGUGAUAAAUGAGGACAUGCAGUCUUAUCCAUAAUGCAAAAAAAGUCAGUGUGUUGUUUCUCACAAGCAUCAAACAGAUGACUCCAGUAUUGAUGACAUUUGUUGUAGAAUUCAUGCUUUUGUGAUAAAGAAAGGUUGUUGUGAAAAGUGGAACAAUGUAAAUAACAAUAGCAACCAAAAUAUAUAUACAUAGAUGAACUAUAGAGCGAGACAAGCUGCCCAGCUGUAUAGUGCAGUGGCCUCUUUGUCCGAGAGUGAGCAGUGUGAGUGUCCUGUGUAGCCCAGCAGAGCCACUGGUUCCUUGAUCACACGGGUAUGAAUCAGUCACUAGCAUACCAUAGUGUAGUGUUGCGGAGCCUCCAGAGCUGGGCCCCAAUGGGCUGCCGUCCAGUCAGACAAAGUGAUGAGAGUCCAGAUUGCCGGAAUUUUGUUUAUGCUCCUGCUUUGGUGUGUGGGAGUCAGGCUGUGGCUUGGGUCCAGUGCUUACUGAUGUGAUGCAUUCAUGAUUCAGCAGAGGAAUGACAAUUCAUGAAAAAGGAAAUAUGGAUAGCAUGAGGCAAAAGCUAAACAUUGAUAUUAAAAUAAUGGACUCUGGUCCUUGUUGUUGGUCCCCUUUGUCAGUGAUGGACUGAAAAUGUGACCAUAUUCUAUGUAAGACCUUGUUAUUUCAUAAAGCAGAUGUAACAAGAGCAUGUGGAGUGAUGAUAUACAUACAUGAUCAGCUGCACAGCAUUGACAUGAAUGGACAGCUGUGUAAUAGUGAUAAUGCAUGGACAGAUGGGAUGCUUCACAAGACUAAACGGUUCCUAGUGCUGCUUUCAUGGCUGCUUCUGUGGUGCCCAGUGACUAAAAUUUCAUACGUAGUAUUUUCUCACACAGAACCUCCCAUUUAUAAUGCAUUUAAGUUUGCCAUGUCUUGAAUAGAAAAAGUACAUGCCUUUUGUUACAGGAAUGAGAGCAGCAGAGGCAGUGACUGGAGAUGUGUGUAGCAUUCCUCUCAGCCACACUGGGUGACACUUGGGGACCUGUCUGCCUGGCACUCUUGGGCAGGCUGUAGAGCUGACCAGCCUAGAUUAGUUUCCUGACUAGCUCGGACCACAAGACAGUAGUGUGUGUGUGUGUGUGUGUGUGUGUGUGUGUGUGUGUGUGUGUGUGUGUGUGUGUGUGUGUGUGUUUCUAUGUGUGUGUGUGUUUAGCUGGAUCUCAUGCCAGCCCUUACCACAGCUCACAUUCAGUUAUUAUUGCCGUAAAUAAGUGCUGAGAAAGACAGUAUGUACGUAGUAAUGGACGGCUCACAGGCCCCUCUCUUGAGCUUCCACCUUAUAUAUAUAUAUAUAUAUAUAUAUAUAUAUAUAUAUAUAUAUAUAUAUAUAUAUAUAUAUAUAUAUAUAUAUAUAUAUAUAUUAAACGUUCCCCAUGCUCAUCAUGUAAAUGUAAAUAGACUUGUAUAUUACUUGGGUAUUACCAUACCCACUUUUGAAAGUUUUUCAUCUAUACGAUACUUACUCCUUCCAUGUAUCUCAUAACAGCAGCUACAUACGUAUAGUCUAACAUUUGUAAAGGAGAGGAAGAUGAAUGUGAUAUUACUAAGACUGGAGAUUUUGGUGUCUUCCCUUGUAGAAGAAGAGCUCAAACUAGUGUAGUUUCAACUUUGGUGUCUGGGGCAAGAUUCAAGCAGUUCCUGUCCCUUCCACUACUUCUUGUUGACAUGCUACUGUGACUCAUACCUUAGACAUUGUUUUGCUUCCAAGAGAGAGAGAGAGAGAGAGAGAGAGAGAGAGAGAGAGAGAGAGAGAGAGAGAGAGAGAGAGAGAGAGAACAUGUUUUACAUAUCAUCAUCAUAUACAUUUUGUUUCAUGGUUUUACAGUCUUCUUUCAUCCAUUUAUUAUUUUUUUUUUUUUUUCAUAUCCAAGUUCAUGUCUUCUUUCUUUUUUAUUUCUUCUUGGUCACAGUCAUGUUCUUUUUACUACCUACAUGUUCUUCUUAUUUUAUUCUUGACACAAUUUACUUUGAGCAUGUGGCAUUUCUUUUUUUUAAUUACAUCUAUCACUAAUAACAAAUUUCAAUAAUGUAAAAUUUCCUUAUUUGGCACAUUUAAGCUCAGAACAUAAUGCUGUCAAUACAUUUUUUAUCCUAUUUUCUUUAGGAUACAAAAUUGAUAUUGACUUUUAUUUUCAAGUCAUUUUUAGUUAAUGUUUCCAGUCAAUUUGAAUUUUAUUAAUUAAAAAAAAUAAUGAACAUAUUUACUUAAUUGUUGCAUUAUCCUUUUGUUUUACCACAAUCUGAGCUCCAGUAUGUGUGUCUUUCUGACUUAUUUAUUCAAUCAUUGUUGUUAGGGAUUUAUUCAGUCAUUGUUGUUAGGGGAACCAGAGAAAAUUAAAUACUGUGAAGUGCCUUAACUUAUAAAGACAAGCUAGUAUUACUUUAUCAGAAGAACCAACCAACUCUCCUAACCAACUAACUAUGUAACAUUAACCUGAGAGUGCACCUCAGCACUGUCAUUAUUAUUAUUAUUAUUAUUGUUAAUACAUUAUGAUUGUACAGCUUUGACAAUGAAGAAAAUUAGAAAAAUGCCAUAUAGGUAUACAUAUUAUAAUACAUGUACAUUUUUUAUAUGUACAUUAUCAUGAAUACUUUCCAUCACAUUGUUUGUACUGAUUUCCUAAACACACACUUUAUUCUCAUCCUUGUAUAGUUUACGCAAAUUACAAAGAAAUCGUUAGCUUGUCGGUGUUUGUCUUAUUACUCUUUUUACUUGCUUUCGUUGUUUUGCAUUUUCCUUUGUUCUUUCUCAAUUCUGACUGAGACCUCUUCCACCGCAAGCUGCCAAGUCAGUUACUCAUCUUGCCCAGCAUUUGUCAACUAGAGCAGAAACUGUUUGGAAAAGGAAGCACACAGAAAAAAAAAAGAGCUACAUCCAGAUAAUUUUUGUAACCAAGAUUCAAGGAAGGAUUGGAACUUUCUGGAGCCUCGGAGCAAGAUGUGAGCAAGACGCAAAGCUCCAGAAUUUUGCGCGGCGGCCAAAGAAGGUGUGCGGGUCUGGCAACACCAGAACCCGGUAGUGUAAGGUGCCAUGUAAACCAAUCAUCCCAAAUAAAACUUUCAUGCAAA